GGGGGGCUUGCCUGCUUGAUAUUGUCCUCCUGUAUUGUUGCAAGGGCCGUGAAUGUGAGCAUUCUGCUUAAUACCUUCCUGCAGCCGUCAAGAAGAGCUGUCGAUGCCUUCUGAUCAAUAAGAUAUUGGAGUCUCUGAGGCUGACAUCUUGUAUCUACUUCUACCAAAAUCAGAUCAAGGUAUGCAGCUCGACUGUAUCAUUCUGUCUUCUACCUAAUUAACUACCUGAACUAACUAAAAGACACCUCCUUUAUUUGUGCUUUCUAGCUAUUUCAUAUUUUUUUUGUCGUUUUUCACUUUUAUCUCUCUCUCUUGGGUACUGCUGUUUAUUCAUUCCAGUCGUUAGAUUCCGAAGUAAUGAUUGUUCCACUCGAAUUUUGAGAUCUCAACGGCUUCCAAACUUCAACCAAAAUUUGGCCAAUAUUGAAGCUAAGCUCACUCGAUGAGACGCCAAAGGUUCAAACCUUCCUCUAUGCUCUGCUGCUGGACACUGUCUGGCAGUCUGCUGUCAUUUAUCACACUUCUAGUAGUGAGAUUAUGAUAAUCUCUCUGGUCUGGACUGCAGCCAUCGUUCACACUCUGCCCCUGAAUACACAUGAGGUUGUUCAAUAGCUUCGCCUGCUUCUUCAAGUCGUUGGCUUCGUUUGUGAUAGCCAGGACCAAUCUGAUACCCUCGAGCAGGUAGACCAUGUACGCGAUGGUCCUGUGUGCUUCAUGCUCAGCAUCUUUGUAAUGCUGCCACAGCAGAUGGAACCAACUCUUGCGCUCGUUCCAGCACAGGCACCAGAUGGCGCGGAGAGCCUCGAUAAUAGUGUCUCCGUUGGGAACCCGAUCAUCCCACUCAGUGAUACGGCUUAUCAGGGCCUUGCACCACCAGAUCGUCACUUCAUGCAAGUCAGCCACGUCGCUGGCGCGCUGGGCAUGAUGUUUGGCCAGGACCAGCUUACCCUGCGCCAGACGGAUAAUCAUGAGACGGGCGUGGCCGAUGCACAGGGUGUCUCUCCACAUCCGUCCAUAUUGCUCUUCGGCGCCGUACUUGUUCAUGGCAUGGAUGAAGAAAAAGCCCCAUUCGGCCAUCUUAAGGUCUUCCUUGGCCCAGUUGAUCUGCCACAGAUCCGCUUUGAAUGGGUCCACGUACUCCCGCAGCAUACCGAGCAGCUCGAUAGAGCUGAAUCUGAUUUGUAGGCGGUUCAGUUGGAUUAUCCUAUCGCCAGCAAUACGGUUCUGGAACCAGAAGGUCACAGUGCGGGAGUAGUCGUCCUCCCCGAGGAGUUUCAGCGGCUCCAGCAUCUUGACAAUUCGGGCGAUGCAGUCGAGCUUCUGUUGAUGACUGAAGAAAUCGGUCUCAUUGAGUCGGACAACCAGGGACCAAGGGAUGCUGCUGUAUGAGAUCAUUAAGGCGACCAGGUCCCACACGCAGCCCAGGGCCAUGACAAAAAACUGCCGCUCAGCCAAGGCAAUGUUUGGGUUUUCUUCGACCUGCAUCUCAAUUGGCACAUGGUAAACAUACGGAGAGUAUCCAGGCAGGCCAAGGCCCCUCCAAUUAGCCGGAAUUGGGAGGGCGGCACCCAUCUCCGUCAAGCCUUGAGCAAUCCGAGUAU